AUCUUAGGAUAUAUCCCCGGAAUCGAUUACCCCUCCCUCCCCUAGGGCACCACUCGAUAACGUCGGCUGAGUGACGACCCAGUCGUCCUUCGGCUUCCUGGCGCCGCCAUGGAGAACGCCGCGCUAGCCAUGAUCCACCAUGGAAACGACUUGCUUAACCGCGCCGGCGCCGCUGAACCCGCUCCAGAAAGACCGCCUGUGUACAAGGCGAUCGGUAUAGGGCUGGCCGUCGGGUCGGGUGCCUUCAUCGGGACAUCGUUCGUGCUCAAGAAAGUCGGGCUACUGAGGGCGAACGAGAAAUACAACGAGGUGGCCGGCGAAGGUUACGGAUACCUCAAGAACUUCUACUGGUGGGCCGGUAUGAUACUCAUGAUCGUGGGGGAGGGCCUCAACUUUGCCGCCUAUGCCUUCACAGACGCCAUCCUGGUUACCCCGCUGGGGGCCCUCUCUGUCGUCAUCACCACGGUUCUAUCAGCGAUAUUCCUCAAGGAACGCCUCAGCAUGGUUGGAAAAGUCGCAUGUUUUCUGUGUAUCGUCGGCUCUGUGGUCAUCGUUAUGAAUGCGCCCCAUACCUCCUCGGUCAACAAUAUCCAGGAGAUGCAGGGGUUCGUCAUCCACCCGGCCUUUCUGACAUACGCCGGCGUUGUCAUUGUGGGCUCGGCUGCCGUGGCAAUUUGGCUAGGGCCAAAGUACGGAAACAAGAAUAUGUUGGUUUACAUUUCCAUCUGCAGCUGGGUUGGCGGUUUGAGCGUCGUUGCGACCCAGGGGUUAGGCGCCGCCAUCAUCGCGCAGGCCGGGGGGACGCCGCAGUUUAACCAGUGGUUCCUCUACGUACUGCUGGUUUUUGUCAUUGGGACAUUGUUGACCGAGAUCAUCUACCUGAAUAAAGCGCUUAACCUGUUCAAUGCUGCGCUGGUCACGCCUACGUAUUACGUUUACUUCACCAGCACGACCAUCGUUAGUUCGGCGAUCCUGUUCCGUGGCUUCAAGGGGACACCUACGUCGAUCAUCACCGUGGUCAACGGGUUUUUGACCAUCUGCGCUGGCGUCGUCCUUCUCCAACUGUCCAAGUCUGCUAAAGACGUCCCGGAUGCUGCCGUUUUUACCGGGGAUCUGGACCAAAUACACACAAUCGCCGAGCAGGCUCAGCCCGAGACGGAGCCCAAGGCGGACGCCAUCAGAGGAACGGCCGCUAUUGUGCGGAGACUGUCUUCUGCCCGACAGAAAAUGGAGCUUGACGAACUGAAGCGGAUGCGCGAAGAGAAGCUUCAGGAGAGCCUCGCACCAGUCAGUGAAGACGGGACUCCGCAAUACGAGUGGGAUGGCAUCAGGCGACGGAGGACCACAACAGUUAGCACCCACAGGUCCGGGACCCCGGCGACCACCCACCUUGCGCCCCCAAUGCCACACCCGCCGCUAGGGUGGUCGCAUUUCCCCACCGAGGACGAGCUCGCCGAAGCAAACAGGCCCGUCUCGCCCGGCCUCUCCAGCAUCGUCGGCACUAUACGCUCCAGAGCCCGCAGUGCCCUCCUGCCAGGCCACCCCGAUUUCCACGACAAAACCCCUGACGCCCCCAAGGUGCAAUCCCCGAUGCACCCCGUCCAACUCACCUCUAUCGCCGUCGCCGGCUCAAAGCCCGCCUCCACCGACGACUUCUCAGCCUCGGCCCGCCACGUGCAGUUCGGUCAUCCCACCCGCCAAACCUCCGACGCCAGCGGCGAUUCGUUCAUCUCCGCACUCCCCCCAACACCACCACCCCAUGCGACCGCCCGCCGCCAGUUCUCGUUCCAAAGCAUGUUCAAACGCAGCCAGCAGUCCCACAGCAGAACCGGUAGCACCGACACUUCCGGCCACCACCACCACUCACGCCGCCCAAGCUCUACCCGCCCCACCUCCUCCCGUCAGGGCCCCCCGUCGCGGCAAAGGCGCGGCGCCACCGAGGAGGAGACGCUCGGUUUGGUAAAAGGCGACUCGAACUCGACCCAGGCGGACCCUAGCGCGCGCUCGGCGCCCGCGCUGCCCCCUCCCGAGGAGGAUAGCGACGACGAGGACGACGAUGACAGCUGGGAGGCCAAGGGGUUGACGAAGGAGGAAGCGUAUCGCGACGACGCCGACGGCAGGGAUAACAGGAGGAGCCCGGAGCUGUACGGCCACAGCAUCACGCGCGGGUAUGCCGCCGCGCCGGGGUCGAGUCCGCCGAGGGGGAGCCCGCCGCGAUCGUGGCGGAGGGAGGAUGAUGGGGUUCUUGAUGAUGGGGAGAAGACGGGUGGCGGGCUGGGGAGUGGGGAGGCGGAGCGGGAUAGGGAUUAUGAUGCCGGGGUGGGGGAGUAUGAGGAGAUGAGGAGGCGGUUUGCGGAACAGAGGCGCGGGAGUGGUGACCAUCAGGACGGAUAUGGGGAUGAGGGGCCGGAUGAGCCACCGCCGCCUCCGCCGCAUGGGGGGACGUAUCGCGGGAGGUCGGGAGGGUUUAUUUAGAGCGGGGGUUGUUUGGUUUGUUGGAUACGUGUUUUGUGAAGAGGUGUGGGAUGAGUUAUGAUGGUAUGAGGUAUGAUGUUCUCUUUCCUUUUUUGGGUUAUCCAUUCAGGAUUUUGUUUUUGGGUGUUCUUGCGUGGUUGUGG